GGUGGUGGUUUCAUUGAUAAAUUAGCGAAAAGUGCAUUGAGAGGGGCGGCAGCGGCGGCGUCGCGACGCAUGUCUGGGUGUGAUCCUGUCUGUACCAAACGACAGUGUUCAUCAGUGCUCAAUAUGUUUACGUUGUGUAUGUCCCGAGGGCAUCCUCCCUUACAAAACGCACAACAGGAAAACAACGUUGCCAACAAGCAAGUCAAAGGCGGAUACCUCCUCCGAUAUAAACGAGGGUUAUUUUGUAACAGCUGGUGUGAAGAGUGGUUCGUGUUGUACGAAGACUCAACUUUGGCUUGGUUUAAAGACAAGGGCUUGAACCGCCCAAAGGGUCACCUACGUAUUAGCGAAUGCCCGGACUUACUAGCCGUGGGCGAAUGGACACGUCAAGUGCCCAAAAGACCCCGAUUCCCGCGAAACUACCACGUAGGACAAGUCCUAGCCGUUGGCACAAGGAUACCCCAGGACGUGCACUGGCUUAUGGCACAGUCGGCAGCCGAAGCCAACGACUGGAUGACCGCAAUUAGCAAUACUUUGCCGCCUCCUCCAAACUUGCCCCCAGCCAAGAGCAAGAGUUUCACGUUCCAGAAGAAAAGCAACAAUUGUUACAAAUGCAAUUCUCUGAAGAACGAGGCUGAUUACACGCUGAUUUCGGGAGUGGCCAUCGACUGGGGCCACGGCUGGGGCUGGGGGCAGACGGCCUGGGCUGCCCACACUGCCUGUGUCUCUGAGACGGCGACUGCACUGGAGGCUGCCGUGAAUUCGGCGCUCCAUUGCCAUGCCUUGGGGGAUUAUGGCGUUGGAAGUGGAAUGGACGAGCUCGACUGUAGUGCAUUUGGGGACUUUAUUUUCUAAGCAGGAAUCAAAAAUUUGUACCUACUUUUCAGUCAAAACGUAACAAUUCUAAACUAGGGUACUUAUUACGCGGCGAAACGCUCAAUAUUUCAUAGAAAACUGACCUGAAUUACUCAUUUCAUGAUUUACUUCCGUCCAGACAAAAUUUAUUUGCGUCGUAAUUAUGAAUUCGUACCCCGACUAUUUCUAAACAUGUAACUGUCAUUCCUUCACACGAGCAAUAAACUCUCGCUAGGACAUUCUAAAAUAAUCCGAAGGUUUCCAUUAUUCAUGAAAUAAGUGUAAUGGUGACCGUCAUAUCCAUAACUCUCUGAAUGUACGUUAGAUUACACAAAAACUCCAUGAUUAAAGGUGCUCUAACCGUAAGAUUUGCUUAUAGUUGUUGUUAGAAUUGUAAAUGUUUUGUAGAUAUACAUGAAUGUAUAAGGAUAUUUUUGUUAGAUUAGUACUGGAAACUUAGACUGAUGUAACUAUACCAGAAAUAUUUAUACAUGUGUUGCGUCUGCUAGGGACGUUCGUAUAAAUCCAGACUGCCGGUCUAAAAAUUAAAUGUCUUAGCAUUGAAACGCACAUAGUUAAAGACUGAGUGCGAGAGAAUUAAAUGUUCUAAUAAGUAUUUAAAAUGUAAGCCAAACUCCAACCCUGCUAGCUAGAGGGAGUAAAUGAGAGCAUAAUACAUUCAUCAAGUGGUCAAAAUUUUGUACUUUAGGAUAAUUGGGACCAAACAACGUUGUUUAUUUCUUCUCUCAAAUCUCUUUGUGUUUCUAAACAGUGAAUUAAUUACUUCGACAAUCCACGUGCAUUCAAAUGUUCUCAUUAUCGAUGUCAAUACAUGUGUGUAAAAUGCAAGUGUGUAAUCAUUAUUGUGAUAUCUGUAUAAGUAGCUAUUCCUAAUUUAAUAAAUAAUAAACAGGUAAUUAAUUCUUCCACA